AUGAAUAGCUUACUCGAAGCCUUCAACCAUAUCUCGGCCCGUGCUGUAAAGGACUGGCCUGAGGGCGAUAAGGGAAACAGCAGUGACACCAUUUUCUCCGGAGUCCACUUCAACCUCACCACCCUAAAGUACUUCAACUACACCUUCUACAGCAACAAUACCAUCUCCAAUGGCUCCAAGUGUUACCUGACCUUCGAACCUUACACCCCGGCCUACGUCUUCGAGAACGGCACGUGGACCAAUGCUACUAAAUGCUAUACUGCCAUCGAUAACAUAGGAACUCGCGGGUAUGUUGGCAUUGGCUUUGCCGUUGCCUUUGGAAUUGCUCUUGUCCUCAACCUUACUGUCCUAGCCAAGCAUGGAAAGGUUUACACACAACGCGAUUCGCGCUUCUAUCCUGUUGGUCGUCGCUGGCAAUGGUACUGGGCUAUGUUUACUGCCGCUGCUGCUCUUAUCAGUCUCUUCGUUGGUGUCGAUAUCGAUCGUUACUAUUUGCAGGAAUUACCCAUUACUGUGAACGUCUUCUUCUGGUAUCUGCUCUGUAUGGGUUGCGUUGCUUUGACUUGGGAGGCUGUUCGUCAUUGGGGCUCCUGGCAAGAACGGCAGUUUGUUGAUCCCAACCCCUUCAUCGUACGCGACGACGAUCGUCGCGCUAAAGUCGAGUUCUGGCUGCCAUUGUGGUUUUACCUCUGGCUCUGGCUGAACUUCUUCAUGGUUGUUCCACGCAGUUGGAAGUUCACUCAACUACAGCACUCGGAAGAGCAGACGUUGGAGAAGGCAGUCCCGGGGGCAACAAGCACUCGGUUCAAGGCGGGUGCUUUCUGUCUCGUUGUCGCCUGGCUUACUAUUGUCUACUCCCUUUAUCACUCUAUCAAGCACUACAAGCCUCGACACCGUGGCGUCUUCAAUCGCGCCGUAGGCUUCCUUCGAUAUGUGCCUUUUCGCUUCUGGUUCCUUCUGCCCCUGUCAGCAGCCACCAUCGCUUACCAGGGCUUUAUCUCCUGGGAAUUUGACUACUCUAUCGUCAAGUACAACGGAAACAUACCUGUUAUCUACUGCUGGGGCUUCCUCCCGACUCUGCUUAUACUCUACAUCCAGUACCUCUAUGGGUUAUGCACCCCCAACGAAGAUAAGGCUCUUAUCCGCCAGCGACGUGAGCGCGGUGAGAUGCUUGACCGCGAACUUGGCAUUGUCAACAAGCCUGCUUGGUGGAAACGCGUCAGGGGCGACCAUCUACUAACCUUCAAGGACAAGCUUGCCCGUAACGUUCAUGAGAUCGGUGGUGGUAGAGCAACAGGGCGGCGUGUUGAGGAGGCAGCAGAGCGAGACCUGCGUGAGGAGGCUCUGGCUCAUGUCAAGAACGACGAUAUCGAGAUGGGCCACAUGCACCGCCCUCUCGAUGCCACCAACAACCCUAGAGUCGAUCGCGCUGGCGGUGCCUCCAUCAGCUCCAAUGCUUCACGGACAUUUGUCCAACCAUACACUGGUAAAAGCGAGCGCCGCCGUCAUGAGCGCCACGUGGAGGCUGUUGCCGGUGUUCUUUUCCCUAACAACCUUGCCGAGGACCGAGCCCGCCGCGAAGCGCAGCUCGGUAUCGACGGUCCGGCCCCUCCUCCAUACAGCGACAACGCCGCGGCUCGCGGCCGAGCUCCGGGGCGUCCCGGAUCUACUGGGCGCAGCAACAGCACCGAGACGACAAACUCCAUCACAUCUCCACCACAGCAAAUCAGGAGCAUGUUGGACAUUUGA